AUGGGGAAUCAAAGGGGUUUGGGGCUCCAUCUCAAUUUUGUAUGUGCUUUUCUAUUUGCAGGAGCCACGUAUACUCCUUGUUUGGGUGAUCAAAAUACCAGUGUUACUGUUUGCUCUGAGCAAGAGCGACUUGCUCUUCUCAAGUUCAAAAACAGUGUUGAAGAUGGUUCUGGAAUGUUGUCAUCAUGGGUUGGCAAUGACUGCUUCCUGUGGGAAGGAAUCCACUGUAAUGGUGUCACUGGAAAGGUAGAAAGCCUUCAUCUCAGAGGAGAUUUUGAUGUUUGGCGUCAAGGCUACAAAUACUUAGUUGGUAAUGAGAUGAAGUCUUCUUUGGCAGAGUUGUGGAAUCUCAAACACUUGGACUUGAGUGGGAAUUAUUUCCAAGGAAGUCAGAUCCUUAAGUUCAUUGGAUCCUUGAAACAACUGGCCUACCUCAAUCUCUCUCAUGCUUAUUUUGAAGGUAUUAUUCCUCCGCACAUUGGAAAUCUUUCUGAUUUAAAGGUUCUUGAUCUCAGUUCAAAUGGAGGUCUGAAGGUAGAUGACAUGGCAUGGACCUCUGGCCUUUUGUCACUUGAGCAUCUCGACUUGAGCGAAGUAGAUCUUGGGGGAGCACGAAACAGGGACAUGGUGUUUUACAUGAUUCCUUCCUUGAGAAAAUUAAGUUUGUGGAGAUGUGGACUUUCUAAUGCUGAUUUUGGUCCUUUUCUUAAUUCCAGUAGAAUACUUCCCAACAUCAAACACCUUGAUCUUGUCGGCAAUUCUUUCCAAGGUCCACUCCCUAGCAUUCUUCAAAACAUGUCAUCAUCCCUAACAUUUCUAGAUCUUUCAGGAUUCAAUCUUAGUUUGGCAUGGAACUUUGCAAACCUGCUAAGCAUGAUACCUUCUUUAGCAGAGCUGCAUUUGUCAGCUUGUGGGCUCCAUAAGACGCAUCUAUCUUCCCCUCGUCACAAUUUCAGCACACUUUCUAACAUCCAAUACCUGGAUCUAAGUGGAAAUUUAAUUCAUGGCACAUUUCCGUCUGUCUUCACAAACAUGAGUUCCCUGAGAGCCCUUGACCUCUCAGGAAACAUGCUGAAUUCAUUGGUUCCUAUUAUGCCUAACCUUUUAGAUCUUUCCCUUUCCUAUAACCAGUUAACCGGUCGCAUUCCUACGUUCCUUGGGAAUCUUUCCAAACUUGACCUUUCAGGUAAUCAGUUAAAUGGCUCAAUUCCAGAAUCUGUUGGAAAUCUAGCAGGUUUAACAUAUUUGGAUCUAAGCUCCAAUCAGUUAAAAGGCCCCAUUCCAGCAUCUCUAGGAAGACUUAUUUCAUUACAAUCAGUUUCGUUGGGUUCAAAUUUCUUGAAUGAUACCAUUCCAGUUUCAAUUAGGCUACUUUCCAAACUCCAGCAUCUAGAUAUUUCUAACAAUUCUUUAGAAGGAGUAGUUUUUGAAGCCCAUUUUGCUAACCUUUCAAUGUUGAAGCAUUUGUAUGCUUCUCUUAACACCAAGCUGACAUUUAAUGUUUCAAGUGACUGGAUACCUCCAUUCCAAUGGGAAAAUUUUCAACUCCAUUCUUGCAAUAUCACAAAUGGAUUUCCACAGUGGCUUCGAAAUCAAAGAAAACUUUGGAUGUUAGUGUUAUCCAAUGCUAGAAUGUCAGGACCUCUGCCUGGAUGGUUGCGGAAGAUGCCCAUCAUUCCUCACUUAGAUCUCUCUCACAACCAACUUAGCGGACCUUUGAAAAACCUUCCUAAUGUGGCAACUUAUGGUCGGUAUCGAUUUGGUCCUUCAUUGUUUCUGGAAAAUAAUUUUUUCAGUGAGUCGAUUCCAAGUUCAUUGUGUAGAAGGAGAGAUUUGGUAUAUCUUGAUCUUUCCAAAAACAGGUUAACAGGUAAAAUUCCUACGUGUUUUGUGGAUCUGCAACAGUUGUAUACCUUGAUACUUAGCUCAAAUUGGUUGUCUGGUGUCGUCCCAAGUUCUGUAGCUCUUAAUUCAUUACAUCAGUUAAAAUUGAACGACAACAACUUUGUUGGCGAGCUUCCUCGAGAAUUAGCGAAUUUACUAUAUUUAAGUAUCUUAGAUUUGGGUGAUAAUAGAUUGUCUGGAAAUAUACCCGAAUGGGUCGCAGAGAACCUCGCAAAUUUGGUAGUUUUGAGGUUACACAAAAAUAACUUCACCGGAAGAAUUCCGCAAUCAUUACGCAAAGCUUCACAUCUUCGAAUUCUGGAUGUUGCAGACAACAACUUAAAGGGAACCAUCCCUCCUUGUCUUGGAGAAUUGGAUGCCAUGGGUAAUGAUCACGAUUAUGGAUACUUUCCAGGUAGCUUCUUGGACGAUGACGAAAAUGUUGAGCAGGUCAUGAAAGGUGUUAGUCUUGAAUACACAACAACUUGGGAUUUGGUUUAUAAUAUGGACCUUUCAAGCAAUAAAACUGCACUUAUCAAGUUGGUGGGUCUCAACUUGUCUAAUAAUCAUCUCAGCCGCUAUAUUCCAGACUCCAUCGGAAACAUGACGGAGUUAGAAUCUCUUGAUUUAUCUGGAAACGAGUUAAAUGGGAUGAUCCCUCCGAGCAUGGCAAAUUUGACCUUUUUGAGCCGUUUGAAAUUGUCACACAACAACUUGUAUGGACGAAUUCCAACAGGAAGGCAACUGCAGACACUUACAGAUCCAUCGAUAUAUGAAGGGAACAAAGAUCUCUGUGGACCUCCAUUGCCUAACAAUUGCUCAAAACCUGGAGAAGUCCCAACAAGAAGCAAGAAGAAACAAGGAGCAUCUGAUGAGAAGACUGAGGUAUGGCUGUUUUACGUGGACAUAAUUUGUGGUUUUGCAACAGGGUUUUGGGGAGUUAUUGGACUUUUGUUGUUCAAGAAGCAGUGGAGAUGGAUCCCUUUCAUGUUUGCUGAGGAAACCAUGGACAAGAUAUAUGUUGCAAUCGUGGUAAGAGUUAACAAGAUCACGAGAGGAAGAGAAGCCGUGCAGGUCCUUUGGAAUCAAUCGUAG